AUGCUGUCGCGCUCGCGCAGUAAGGACAAGGGCAGCAACAUCCCUGGGCCCACCUAUAUGAACAAUGAGCAGGUCGGCAACUUCCUCAGCAAUAUCCGCAACAACCGCCCCCAACGCCCUAAUGGCUCCCGCCCGCUGCCUGCCUCCCCCAUGGGCUCGCUCCGCUCCUCGAGAACUUUCGGCAGCGCGACUCCUGAGCCUCGAGACCCGCCGACCUUGACUCCGACCAAGUCCCAGCCACCUCGCAGCACUAGUGCUCUAUCGCACCGCGACAUGUUCUCGUCGUCUAACAACAGCAGAGGCUCGCUGCGCGAGCGUCUGGCGCCGCGCGCCGCCUCCAGCCUGGGUCGGCCGCUCGUCCGGGAUCCAUUCACUCGCUCCACCUCGCGGAACUCGCAGAAAGUAGAUCCAGCUACAAUUGAGCGCGCCGACUCUCGGACGUCUUCACGCUCGACAAGCGGCGAGCAGCGCCACGCGUAUCGGGAAAGCGGUGCCCGGUGGAUGGAACGCCAGGAGGCUGCGUCGCUCAGGAAGGCCCUGGAGGACAUGGACGCUGCCGAGGAGCAGAGGAUAUUCGCCGCCGCCCAGGACGAGGCCGCCGAGCUGGUCUGGAAGCACCAGAAUCCCAAAGCGGCGAUUCGGAGCCCCGAUGCGCCCUAUGAGUACACGGCCCACCUAAAGAAAGGGAGCCACGCCCGAGCUCAGAGCUAUGACGCCCCCUCGCCGCAAUCGAGCGCCAGCGGUCGCAACAGCUCACUCAGCAGCCGCGGCUCCAGUUCCUCAUCCGUAAAAGUGCACGACUUUGUGAUCGCCAAAAAGAGUGAUAAGCUCAAGUCCAAAAAGGAUACCGACGCCCACCCCUCCAAGGCAAUGGAGUCGCCCAUGCAGUCUCCCACAAAGAGCCAUGUCUCGUUCGAUGUCCCUAACCCCCGACGCCGGAGCAGCGGUUCUAAGAGAAAACUCAGUGGCAGCCUGUUCCAAAACCCCAACGACAAGAUCUAUGAGGAGCCCGAGGAGUCUGCAUCUCCACCCGCCGAGCAGAAGCCCACGCCGCCGUCGCCCUCGAAGUUGCCCAUCCACACCCGCAGGAACCCCUUUUCGCGCAUUCAGUUUGGGCGCGACAACUUGACCCGUUCGAACACCGACUCGCAGGCCACCCCCCAGAAGAGGUUUGACCGGUUCGAGAUCCAUAGGAAUGAGCCGACUCAGUCGCGCAACCCUGCGUACACGUCCAAUGAGAAUGCGCCUGUAACCCCUACGCAGGCCCGGAAUCCUGCGGCAAGUUCCCCGGAGGAAUCGCCUGUCAAGAUGAAAGAUGGUAAGGAGAUUCGGGCUGAUGAUAUCCGCGCAGCCACGAGCAUGAGGCUCAAGGACAGAAGCCCGAAGCUGCCCACCCCGAGCAUGGUCAGUGAUAGUCCGGGACGCCCCAUUGUCAGCUUCCAGAAAGACUACAAGCCGAAAGAGGUUGCGCUCAAAGAAGAGCAAGCAAAGGCCAUGGUGGAGAUGAAGUCUCCUGAGGCCAGCCAUGAGCCCAAGUCCUACCCCCCGAGCCCGCCCAAGAGCGCAAGCGCUCCCGUCGUGCCGACCAUCAACAUGCCGGACGAGCCUUUUGGCAAGAAGAGGAGCUCCGCAAUCCCGCCAAUUCCGGAAAUCAAUGUUUCUGAUGAGACUCCCCGGCCAAGAUCUCGGGGAUCGGCUGCAGCAGCGCCCAUUCCUUCCAUCUCGGUCGGCGGCGCCCCUUCGGUUCCUUCGAUCAACGUGUCCGACCCCCCGAGCAUCAAUGUCUCUGGUGGCUCAGCACGGCCGCUGCCAACGAUCAACGCCCCUUCGUCUGGCUCUGCAAGGCCUCUUCCCGAUCCGAGGUCGGCGCGGAAUGGCCGUCCCCUUCCCCGUACGGCAAACACGGCACCCAGUACUAUGCCGAAGGGUCACUGGACUCCUUCCGGUGGUGUGCGAACCUCGGCUCUGUGCGAAUCCUGUGCACUCCCUAUCGCUGGUCGUACCGUGAGUGCUGGCGGUGCUCGCUUCCAUCCGGAAUGCUUCCGCUGCUACCACUGCUCGGAGGCGCUGGAAUGUGUUGCCUUCUACCCGGAGCCGCAAGGAAAGCGUGAGGAGCGUCUUGACCGCAUCUACAGGCGGAGGAAUGGCGAGGAUGUGGAGAUCAUGGAGGGUUACAGCGAGAAUGACGAUGGCGAUGAGGGGCUGCGGUUCUACUGCCAUCUGGACUACCACGAGUUCUUCAGCCCGCGAUGCAAGAGCUGCAAGACGCCUAUCGAGGGAGAGGUCAUUGUGGCUUGCGGUGCUGAAUGGCAUGCUGGGCACUUCUUCUGUGCGGAAUGCGGCGAUCCGUUCGACUCCUCGACACCUUUUGUUGAGAAGGACGGCUAUGCUUGGUGUGUCAACUGCCACACCAACCGCUACUCGACCAAGUGCAAGAAGUGCCGCAAGCCGGUUACGGAUACCGUUCUGAAGGCACUUGGAUUCGAGUGGCACCCCAACUGCUUCGUCUGCACGGAAUGCUCGGGCGAGUUCGUGGACGGCAGGUACUUCCUCCGCGGCGAGGAGAAAAACCCUGUCUGCGUCAAAUGCGAGGAACGGAGGCUCAAGGCUUAA